AUGGCUACUGUUGUAGCACAUAUGAAGGAGUGGAAGAGCGUGCACAUGGAGCAGAGACAACAUGCAGCCCCAACACCGCGCCAGAGAUGGCAGCCACCUGAUGAUGGAUGGCUUAAAAUCAACUCUGAUGGUGCUACGUCUAGGCAUGGGGACAAGGGUGGAGGGGGCGCUGUGCUGAGAGAUCACCAUGGAGCGUUCAGGGCGGGUUUGUGCCACCACUUUCCGAAUAUUGCUGACCCGGAAGCGACUGAAAUUUUGGCGUGCAGAAGGGCUUUGGAACUGGCCAGGGAGAUCAAUGCACAGCGCAUACAUCUGGAGUUGGACAGUCAAGCCUUGGUGCAGAUGCUAAAACAGCCCACGAAGAACCUGGGCGUCACUGGUCCAUGGGUGGAGGAUUUAAAGCUUUUGCUGCAUUCUUUUCAGGGUUUUAAAGUCUCUUGGGUUAGGAGAUCUGCUAAUGUUGCCGCGCACAAGUUCGCUAAAGUAGGGGUGGGAGACGAACUAUGUAAGGUUUGGUUAGAAGCUCCCCCGGAUUUUGUUCUUGAUGUAAUUUCGGAUGACAUUCCAAACUUCGUGUUUUAA